AUGAAGAGAGUAAGCGAUGAUGAUAUUUAUGCUGGUUCUGGUUCUCAAUUCAAACGCCCCUAUAGUUCCUCACGUGGUGAUUCCUAUGGCCAAACCCAAGUCCCUGGAGGAGGAGGAGGAGGGGGAGGUAGUGUUGGUGGGGGAGCAAUCACUUCCCAGAAACUUGGGCACAACGAAGCUAUUAGUUUUGUGAACAAGAUAAAGAAACGAUUCCAAAGUGAUGAGCAUGUUUACAAAUCGUUCUUGGACAUUAUAAAUAUGUACCGCAAAAAGCAUAAGGACAUGGGUGAAGUUUAUAGUGAGGUUACUACCCUGUUUAAGGAUCAUCGAGAUUUGCUACUUGGGCACAACACUUUCCUGCCAAAGGGAUAUGAGAUAACCCUUGACGAGGAUGAGGCUCCUCCAAAGAAAACAGUUGAAUUUGAAGAAGCUAUGAGUUUUUUGAACAAGAUAAAGAAACGAUUCCAAAGUGAUGAGCAUGUUUACAUAUCGUUCUUGGACAUGAUGAUUAUGUACCGCAGAGAGCAUAAGGACAUGGGUGAAGCUUAUAGUGAGGUUGCUACCCUGUUUAAGGAUCAUCGAGAUUUGCUUGAGGAGUUCACUAGAUUCUUACCAGAUAGUUCCGCAGCACCUUCUACACAGCAUGCUCCGGAUGCUCGAAAUUCAUUGCAGCGCUUUAGUGAGCGGAGUUCUAUGGCACCCAUGAUGCGGCAAAUGCAAGUAGACAAGACACAAGGAUAUCGACGAAAGAGGCUUCCUUCUCAUGAUCGUGAGCGUGAUCUGAGUGUUGAAAACCCUGAGAUGGAUGAUGAGAAAAGAAUGAUGAACAUGCACAAGAAGCGGAGGAAACGUGAGAGUAAGGAUAAGAGGAUUAAUCGUGAUCAGGAUGAGAGAGAACCUGAUCAUACAAAUGCUCAACAAUUUCUUGAGAAAAAUAAAUCUGUCAAGAAGGCUGAAGGUUUUGGGUUGGCUUCAGACUUUUCUUCUAAGGAAGACAAGGAUACCUUAAAGAACAUGUAUAGUCAAGCAAUCAGUUUCUCUGAGAAAGUUAAGGAGAAGUUGAACAGUGCUGAUGACUACCAAGCUUUCUUGAAGUGCCUUCAUAUUUUUUUCACCGGUGGAAUAAUAAAUAGGAAUGAAUUGCAAAAUUUGGUAACCGAUUUACUUGGAAAACAUCCUGAUCUUAUGAAGGAAUUCAAUGAUUUCCUGGAGCGUUGUGAAAAUAUUGAUAGGUUCCUUGCUGGUGUCAUGAGUAAAAAGUCACUAAGAUCAUCAAAGUUGGAGGACAAAGACAAAGACAAAGACAAAGACAAAGAGCAGAAGCGUGAGAUGGAUGGAGCUAAAGAGAAGGAAAGAUACAGGGAGAAGAAGUACAUGGGAAAAUCCAUUCAAGAACUUGACCUCAGUGACUGUAAACGUUGCACUCCCAGCUACCGGCUUCUACCUGCUGAUUAUCCAAUUCCUACAGCUAGUCAGAGAUCUGAGCUUGGUGCUCAAGUAUUGAAUGAUCACUGGGUAUCUGUGAGUUCAGGAAGUGAGGAUUACUCUUUCGAACAUAUGUGCAGGAAUCAGUACGAAGAGAGCUUGUUCAGAUGUGAAGAUGACAGAUUUGAGCUGGACAUGUUAUUAGAGUCUGUGAGUUCUGCAGCUAAACGUGCAGAGGAAUUAUAUAAUAACAUGAAUGAAAAUAAGAUCAAUAUGGAGACUCUGAACCGUAUUGAAGAUUACUUUACUGUUCAAAAUUUAAGGUGCAUUGAACGUCUAUAUGGUAACCAUGGUCUUGACGUUAUAGACAUAUUGCGUAAAAACCCAACUCGUGCGCUCCCUGUAAUAUUGACUCGACUGAAGCAGAAACAGGAGGAGUGGAGUCGGUGUCGUUCAGAUUUCAAUAAAGUUUGGGCUGAAAUUUAUUCUAAAAUUCACUUAAAGUGA